UGUAUACUGCUGCCACACUGGGUGACGCUGAAGGGAAAGCCAUUCACAGACCGAAACAGGCAAUGCAAUCGAUUAUCGAGUCGCCGAGGUUGGCUAGCCGCGGGGAAUGCUGGGCUGACACAACAGCUUCAUAACAAACCUGUUCAGAGGUUCGCUGAAAAUCUAACAAGUGACAAAUUAGUUGACUCGGGCAAGUCUUUAACCAAGGGAUCUUAUGGCUGAGAGUGAGAAUAUCUUUCUCAGGGCAAAACAUCGGACAUUCAGCGGACUGACUGAGGAUGCAGAGUGUAAGUGGACAGGACCAUUUUGCUUCAUCCAGGCUGCAGACCCCCAGCUUGGGCUGAUGAAGGCCUGGAGGGACGGGGACUGCGACAGUGGAGGGGAUGAAUGGGCCGAAGAGGUUGAGCUCACUAAGCAGGCCGUGGAGGCUGUUAACCAGCUCACGCCCAGGCCCAGGUUUAUGGUGCUAUGUGGAGACUUAGUCCAUGCAAUGCCAGACACGCCAUUCAGAGAAGAUCAGGAGCGAGACUUAAAGGCAGCCUUGAAGGGGACGGAUCCCUCCAUUCCACUGCUAUUUGUCAGUGGGAACCAUGACCUGGGCAACACCCCUACCGCCAAUACAGUGGAGCAGUACUGCAGUUCAUGGGGGGAUGACUACUUCAGCUUCUGGGUGGGUGGAGUCUUCUUCCUGGUUCUGAACUCUCAGCUCUUCUUUGACGCCUCAGCCUGUCCUGAGCUGAAGGAGGCCCAGGAGACGUGGCUGGAGGAGCAGCUGAGCAGGGCCUGCUCUUCAACUGAACCCAAACCCAAACACGUACUGGUGUUCCAGCACAUUCCUCUGUACCUAAAGAGCCCUGAUGAGGAGGACAACUACUUCAACCUGCAGAGGGGAGUCAGACAAAAUCUGAUGGACAGGUUUAAGAAGGCAGGGGUGAAGGCGGUCUUCUCUGGUCAUUACCACCGAAACGCCGGCCUGGACAUGGUUGUAAGCUCGGCCAUCGGUUGCCAGCUCGGCGAAGACACCCAUGGAGUCAGGUUGGUGGUGGUAACUGCUGACGAUGUCAUCCAUCGCUACCACAACCUGGAACAGCUGAGAGUGCGAGGCAUGGACGAGGACCUCAGGAAGCUCCUGCAGGCCUGAGGGAUGGUGAUGGGGGGAUAAACAGAAAAGUCUGGCUUAUCAGCAAAAACAAGUUGGUAAACCACCUUGUUUGGGUUUCACAGUACUGAGGAACACAACAAGGUUUCUGGAUAUCGGCGCAUGAGCCAACUCAUGUGCCAGCAGUUAAGAAUGUGAAUUAUUAAAACUGAUCAAUUGUGUACUCAUUGAAGUGGAGAAAAUGUAUAAGACCUGAAAUAAGAGAAACUCAGUGAAUUUAAACCCAUAAAGACAAGACCACAUGCUAAGCAAUCAUUAUAAAGUAUAAAGAAUGUUUAGAUACAAUUAAAUUGAACAACCUCUCUCUACUGAAUGUUAAAUUGGAUUAUCUGUUGGCAGAAUGGGUGUUAUUACCUCUGCUCUUGCUGUUGUAGUGGUUCCUUUAUGGAGAAGCACCACUUUUCCACACAGUCCUCCUAUAUCUGAAGUAGCAUUGCAUCCUCUGACACUCAUGUCUGCAGUGUAAAAUGUUGAAGGUUCAAGACAGUAUGCUAUGUUGUCAGACAUUUCCAUCAUUAAAGGAAGAUUGGACCAUAAAUUAUUGACAUUUCCAUCAGAACAGCUACUGGAGGUGUGGACAUGGAGGCGUGAGAGUGUAACAGGUGAAGUUUUACAUUAGUGAUCCUCAGUAUCCAGCUGUCGUAGCUGUUUGCUGAAGUCUAAUGCCUGGGUGGCAUCCUAUGCAAGCUAAUCACAUCACCAUAUUGUGUGUGGUUUUGUUUAUUUUUAACUUUGUACAUUGUUUGACUGAGUUGGCAGAUGCAGAGCUGACUGCUGACCUCUGAUCAGCCCCUUACACCCUUGCAGGAAAAACACACACUGUUCAGAGUAAAACUGAGAUAUUUUCUUUAUUGUCCAGCCUGUGUGCUCUUUUACAUAUGCUGACCUAAGGACUGCUCUUAAUCCAUAUUAAUUAUAACAAAAAGGUUUCUUGUUUUCUUAAAGUAAUCCUUAAGAGCAUGGCAACAUGGUGGCAAAGGCAGAAUGUAAACUCACUGACUGGCUUUUCCAGAAAAAUGUGAGCAGAAAUAUUGUAGUAUCAAAAAUGGGGCUUAAUUUAAUGAGAAUCUCAAGAAUCAUACCUUUUAAUGUUUUUUUUUUUCUCAUUUGUUGGGCAAUACAGUAAAGUGGAGUUUAUAUGUUCCCAACUAAUCAAUAAGUUUGAGUUGUUCUCCAGCAGAAAGUUUCUAAUGUACAGUAAAUGUGAUCAAAUCAAGUUACUCCAUUACCAGUAAAUUACUCUGUAGCACCAGUGUUGCAAUAUCUAUUUAGUUUCAUGUCACUUUGUUUAUGAAAGCAUAAAUUGGGUUUCAUUUCCCUGUGAUGUUUUUAUAAGGACAGUAUUUAAUCAUCGGGUCAUGGUUUCAGUCAGAAUUUACAAGGCCACACUUUACAUUUAAAUGACAACUAAUCAGCUUCAUCUGCACAUGUGCAGGAUCCUUGCAGUGAACUCUGCACAAACAGAAGUGUGAGUGUGUGACUGUGUUGUUAAGUGUCUGGACUGGUGUCAAACUGAUAAAACAUAGUGAUACUGAUGUGAUCCAAUUAAUGGUGGGAGGAGCACAGUAGUUCCUGACUGUUCAGUCCGGGCUAAAACAGCCUGACCGUGUUAGGAGUUACCUUGCAGGCUUAUUGAGAGCUCACAGUCCUGAGAUUGUCUUUAUCUGCAACAAAAUGACUUUCUCUGUGAGCCCUAAAUGAUUCUACUCAAUUACACUUUCCACACACACACACACACACAGACUCUCUCAGCAACCCUGACCGACUGGGAAUGUAAGAGAGUUGUCAUGGCAACCUUUUAACACAUCUGUGUGUCUCGGAGAGAGACUGUGAGCGAGAGAGAAAGUGUACAUACUCCCUGUCUGUGUGUGUCUGCCUGUGGUCUGGUGGUUACAGUAGGUGAUUUUCCAUCAGCGACACGAUCGCUGACCUCAUUUCACACUGAUGGAUUCUGUCUCUUUUCCAAAAAGUCAGCAUGCGAUGGAGGGAGGAGCGGGCGUUUGGGAGGAAUGGAUAAUGAGUAUGAUGUGUGAAAGACAACUCAGCCCAUCUCCUUCAUUUCCUGUCUGAGAAGGAGCCUUAUGUCCUUAUCUAUUUUUAUAUAUCCUAAUGGUAGCCAAAAUCAAUCACAUUAUGCUUUGUUGUGUGUGUGUAAAUUUGUUUUACAGCACAUUUAUUCAAUGAAUUUGCGGGAACAUCAAACACUUUGACUUGUGCCUCUGUUGAAUUGUAAUGAAUGACCAUACUGAGCACCAUAACUGUAAUAUGACUGGCUAUUUUUAUAAUAAAU